AUGGCCGUCAAUCCCACCACCAAGCCCCAGGCAAUCGUCCUAGUCCACGGCGCAUGGCACUCGCCCUCCCACUACUCCGACUUCACGACCGCCCUGCGCAAGCGCGGCCACGAAGUCCACGUCCCGCGCCUGCUGACCAUGAACGGCGCGCGGCCGCCCAACGCCCACCUCGAGAACGACACCGACCUGAUCCGCGGCUACGUCGAGAGCCUGGUCGAGGCCGGCCGCGAGGUCAUCGUGCUCAUGCACUCCUACGGCGGGCAGGUGGGCACCAACGCGCUCACGGGCCUCUCGACCACCCAGCGCCAGGCCCAGGGCCUUUCCGGGGGCGUGAGCCAGCUCGUCUAUAUUGCCGCCUUCGCCGUGACCGAGGGCACAUCGAUGGUUGAUGUCGUCGAGGCGCACGGCCACGGCGAAUACAUGCCGCUCGCGUUCGACUUCGCAGAGGACAAGACGACCGUCAGUCGGGAUCCGAAGGGUCUCAUCGUGGGCCCGGGGCGAACUGACGAGGAGCUCGAGGCCUAUGUCGCGGCCUUCCGGCCCCAUAAUGGCGGGGCCUGGUAUGAGAAGGUGCAGCGCUGUGCGUGGCGCGAGGUUCCACGGCUGGUGUACAUCCAAGCGACGUUGGAUAUGAACGUGCCGCUGCAGUAUCAGAAGGAUUUGGUGGAGGUGCUGGAGCGGGAGACGGGGCGUCCGGUGAGGACGUUUCAGGUGGAGACGGGUCAUUGUCCGACGUUCACAAAGCCAGAGGAGGUGGCGGCGAUUGUGCAUGAGUUGGCGGUUGGGAAUUGA